AUGGCAGAUAAAAUAGAGAUAGAUCUGGUGUGGGGAGGGACUGGUGGUGGCUCCCAGGCCAGGCAGAUCCCCAAAAUGAUUCCAUCCAGCAGCAAUGACUUCUUGGUGCGGGACCUCGCUGCUGGACGUAGCUACGAUCUUUGUGUCCUGGCCGUGUUUGAGGAUGUCAUCACAUCACUGACUGCAACGCGUCCUUUAGGCUGUCUCUCAUUUACUACAGACACAGAGUUCAGCCAGUGCCAGGCAUUGCACAGCCACUUCUUGGGUGGUACUAUGAUCAUCAUCAUUGGAGGGAUUAUCGUUGCUUCUGUGCUUGUUUUUAUUAUCAUCUUAAUGAUACGAUACAAGGUUUACAGCCACCAGGGUGCAGGCCAUGGGAAAUCAGCCAUCACUGCUACUGCACCAAGACCGCAGAGCAAUGGACAAGGAGGAGGAGGCAAUCAGGUCCAAGUCCUUCCUAACUCUGCCUCUAAGAUAACUGACAGUCAUGACGACCAGGUGCUAGGACCAUCUAGGGCCAUGUCACCUAGCAGCACUCUGAGAGACACUGUGACAUUGGUUGAGGAGGAGAGCAGUGGACGGAGCAUGAUGACAAGGACUGACUCGUCAGCGAAUGAGGAGUUGCUCUCACCCACGAAGGCCCGCUUCUCCUCCAGGGUCGCCAUUGAAAUGAAAAUCCGACCGCCAUCUGUUGCCAAAGAGCCCACCUCUCCCAAAGAACUGGCAGAUCCCUGAUGCUGUUGUGUGAAGACUGGAUGCUGCCAGUGGGGAGAAGCUGGUGAAACCUCUGAAGAAAAAAGGCCCUAUAGCUCAUGUUCCUGUAUCUCCUGUUUACUGUACCCAUUAAUUUGUCUCCAUGAAUAUCACGGGGGUAUAGACCUGUACUUUCUGGUUUACAUUCAAGUGCUUAUCCCGGUUCUCAUUUCUGGAUUGGACAACUGUGUCAAGGCCUGGUGUCUGCUUGGCUGUUGAUUAGCCAGCUGCUGCAGGAUCUGGCUGUCAGUGUGACAUACCAGUCAAUUUCCAUGGAAGAGCAUUAUUUUACUUUAUAACAGCUGCACCAGUGUUGAAGUGGAGACAUAAAAAGGCAUAUGGAUAUGUCUCAACAUAAUGGACACAAAAAAAUAAUUAACUUCAACAUGUGGAGCAACAUCAACAUGCAUGGACAGAUAAAUGCAAUGCAGGAAGCAAGCAAGUUGAAUGCAUAGAUAAUCACACUCAGCCUGGAAGUACAAUAUGAUAGACUGCACAAACAGGUAAAAAAUAAUAAUAAUUAAAAAAGCUUCUGGAUGGGUCUGUUUUGGGCAUGAACAUAUGCUGCUUUCUUGGCUCAAAGUGGCUCACCACUGUUUAUCCCCGUGGAAUAAAGUAAUUCUAUUAAAUUGAACUGAGCACAGCUGAUCCUGGGCUGAACUGGAGAUGGACAUUAGCUCACCAGACCAUGAUAUUUCUUAAUAAGAAUUGUAUCCUUGGAAAGCACAAAGUACAUAAUAAAACUUGAACUGAAUGAGUCUGACUCAGGCAGAACUGAUAAACCUGGACCCAGCAGGACCUUAACUAGAACUGUACAGUGAUCAGUGAUGCUGAUUAAACUGUACCAGAUUACCAAGGACUGGUUUCGGUCUAGUCUGUGUAUUCUACAGCUCUGGCCCCUGUGUCUUCUGCUUUCCACUGGAUGGGACAGGUGAGGACCUGGUGGACAUUUACCAACCUCCCUCGCAUCUCUCUUUGCCCCCUUAAACAGACCCAGUGACCAGAAGGAAAGCCACAUGUCUGAAGUCAAGAAUGACAAAACGACGAUUGAAUGGUUAGAGAAGUAGCAGGGUUCCAAAUCAUGAGCCAUCAUUGAUAUAUUCCAAGAUUUUAUCAGAAACAUCGUCAACAUUGCUUUCAUCACAGAAUAAGUUUACAGGAACAAGAGUUCUGCGCUACAAAUGAGAGUAGUUUGAUGUGAGGAAAAAUGCUGUCUGACUGUAUAUUACUGCACAACUUACAUUGCUAAUAGCUCGGCUGUUGUCAUCUAGGCCUCGCACAUCUCCAUUAUCACUUUCAUUAUUAUCACAGUGGAGUGCAUUUACGUGCACACAGCAUGAUUGAUAAAAGGCCACAUCUCACCUAAUGUUCUAUCUCGGAGGAGCUGCAUCUUCAUGUGUCUGGCAGAUAUCCCUUUAUAUUAAUCAUCAGAGUAUUCCAGGUGCUUGUUACUAGCAUCUCCCUUACCAUUUUCAUGCUUUGACUCUGGUUUGUGUAAAAGGGAUAUGUGAUAUAAACGGCAUCACAGAUAUGCAUUAUUCAUAUCUGUGCAUGGAAUUGCACUCCCAGCCAUUCCAUAAUGAUCAUCGUCAUGAUUACAGCUCCCUGCAGACGGGUAGUAGACGAGGAAAUAGAUGGAGAACCUGAAAACUUUCGACCCAUUCCAGAAGAAACACCCUCUCACCCCACUGCC